UGGACAGGACCGUUCAAGCUGUUUGACCUUCCUCGGGAACUUCGAGACAAAAUAUACUACCAAUAUCUAUCUCGUCCCGGCCGUAUCUACUACACUGCUCAUACGGACAAGGACUUUUGGAGAAGCCAUACCAAAAGUGAUGAUUUCUCCACUUUGUUUACAGUGUCCAAACAAGUUUACCAUGAGGCAUUCAACGUCUUCUGUGAAGCCAAUACCGUAGCGCUAUCCGUACACUACAACGCUCGCGAAGGCUACAGUAAGCCCCUCGCUGGACUCCUUCGUCUGUUUCCCGAACGAGCCGCGGCGAGUCUGACUAGAGUGAGCAACACAUAUCGCGACGUUGUUCCACGGCUGCUGGGACAAUGGGGUUAUGCACCCAGUCACGACAGUAUCGCCCGGGGCGGCGACGGAACUGGCAGGUAUCAAAAACACAACUCGGCUGAGGAGACGUUUGUAGAGAUCUUGAGAGACGCGCAUGUUCUGAGGCAAUUCUUCCCGAAGCUGACUGUUUUUGAGGCCGACUGGUAUCCUGAGCCGCCGUUCCAUGAGUAUGCAGAACAGUUGGGUCAGGUGCGUAAGAUUGCACGUUUGUGGAAGGAAGGCGUAGAAGAGGGGAAAAUCAGAGACAUAUGGCUCGACACGAUGCAAGGGUGGUUGCACGAGAAAAAUGUGGUACCGCUGAGUUGUGUCAGGUUUUCUCUCAAUGGUUUUGCGGCGGACGGCUUUGACGAUGGCUUUGACGUGCUGUUCAAUGAAGCAUACAUAACACUGGUGAAGGAACGGACGCCUGGAGAUGAUAUUGAGGAUAGCGGGAGAGCGUGGCUGGAGGCGAUGGACAAGGAGAAGACGACUAGGAAGAAGAAGGGUAGGAAG